GGUGUUAUGCGCCUCCCUCUCUCUCUCGCUUUUAUGAGACCAUACCGUGCAUCUAGUUAAUUGAUGGUUCAAUAGCAACACUAUAAAAGACCGCUUGUCGAUCAUAGUAUCCGUCACAUAUUCAAAAUCAAAACCGCAAUACAAAGCAACAUGCCUUCUACCACUACUCAGACUACCAACAAUGUCAACGACACCAACACCAAGACUUUCACUGAAUCGGCAACCGAGACGCUGAACAAGGCAGUGGCAGGUGCGCAAGAGUUGGCUCAGACCGGAUAUGAGAAAGCUGUGGAUGCUGUCUCUGGCCCUAAACCAGUCGAGCAGAAAGCCGCAGAUAACGUGACAGAAGCUAGAAAAUCUGUAUCCGACAACAUUGAAGACGCAAAGGUGAGCGCUAAAAACGUCAAGGAGGAUUUGAGUACCAAGGGUGACAAGAUGGCCAAUACACUCGAAGGAGAGUACAACAAGGCGACCAGCGGUGAUAAGAACGUGGAACAAAAGGCUGCCGAUUACAUCGCCGCUAAACGAAAUGGCGAGUACUCGGCAGAGGAUGCUAAGGUGGACACUAAGAACCAGAAGGAGGAUAUUAGAAACACUAUUGCUAAGAAGUCCAAUGAAGCUGAGGGUGAAGUCAAGAAGGCCACGAACUAAGCUGAGAAUAUCGAAGCGAUUGGAAGUUUAUUACACGAAUCAUUAGAAAAAUAAAGAAAGCGUACACCAUCUAUCGACAAAUGAA